CCUCGCAUCUGCUCCCGCCUGCCUCCUCCUGUCUUCCUGCCAUCGCUGGAACACCCACCACCACCAGCACCCGCCGCACUUUUUUCCAGAGCUGCCCAGGUGCACNUACCGGAUCCUCGCAUCUGCUCCCGCCUGCCUCCUCCUGUCUUCCUGCCAUCGCUGGAACACCCACCACCACCAGCACCCGCCGCACUUUUUUCCAGAGCUGCCCAGGUGCACAGCAACAUCCUUGGAAACACCAAUUUGCACACUCGCACGCCCCAACUCGUCCGUCCUGAGAGGCAAAAUCUCCGACUCGACAUCCAUUGCUCUGCCCUCAUCCAUCAACGACGACCCCAUCCACACACAACCUACACGCCUACACGCCUACACUAUCAACACUCCUCGCUCACCUUUUGCUGGUUGCAAGUUUCAAGUUGCUCUCCACCCGCCGGGUCGUCGUCUUUAAUGAAGCGUGACGAUCGUUGAUCACGGCACUGAAUCCCCAGCCAUUCCCAACCUUACACGGGGACCACCGGCGCUCAGACAGCCUCCUUUUUCUUACGAACCUCCGCGCCUCGAGACUUGGGACUUCCACCACACAUCUCGCCCUUCCAGCGACCUUAGCAGAUCAAUAGUACGCGCGGGCGACCGCCUCGGAUGGCACGAUGGCUUUCCUCUUCAAGAGCAAGAAGAAUGCUGAGAAAGCCCAAGCCACGAGAGAUGUUGCAGGGUCGCAAGCAUCAAAUACACGCAUGAACGAGAAGGCUCCCGUGCAAGCCUCGACGCCAGGAAGCAGCGUAAACAAUCCAAUCACAUCGUUCCAAGGAGGAGGAGGAGGAGGCAAUGCGACUCCCAGUCCGGAGCAGCUCAAUGGAGGCCGACGAGCACCAGGAUCAAAUCCAGAGCCAUCGCACGAUUUACCUGUAAGUCGCCCGCAGCUCAUCCAGAGGACGAACGAGCAAUGCGCGAUUGCAGCUGGCCAAGGGAGAACAGAUUCUAACAUGUCACAGUUACGGAACGGUGCAAACACGAAUCGCCCUCCCAUGAACUCGAAUCCAAAUGCGUCCUUAUACCCAUGGUCCCGCCGGGAACUGACAUAUACAACUUCGCAUCCGAGCCCCUUCCCGAGAUAUGGCGCCGCCGUCAAUUCGGUCUCCUCGAAAGAGGGCGACAUCUAUUUGAUGGGUGGUCUCAUUAACAGUUCGACAGUCAAAGGCGAUUUGUGGAUGGUAGAGGCUGGAGGAAAUGCGAGUAUGGCAUGCUACCCAUUGGCAACAACCGCGGAAGGGCCAGGACCCCGAGUCGGGCAUGCCAGUUUACUAGUUGGAAACGCUUUCAUUGUUUAUGGUGGAGACACGAAGAUGGAGGACUCAGAUGUCCUCGACGAAACCUUGUACCUUUUGAAUACUUGUAGGUUGGAAGAGUGCGAUUGUUUAAAUAAUACUAAUCCAAAUAGCAACCCGACAAUGGUCGAGAGCAGUACCAGCCGGACCGCGACCAUCCGGAAGAUACGGCCAUUCGCUGAAUAUUGUUGGAUCGAAAAUAUAUGUAUUUGGAGGUCAAGUCGAAGGAUAUUUCAUGAACGACCUAGUAGCAUUUGAUUUAAACCAGUUACAAAAUCCAGCCAAUCGAUGGGAGAUGCUUCUGCGCAAUUCCGAGGAAGGAGGACCACCAGCUGGACAAGUACCUCCCGCGAGAACAAAUCAUUCCGUCGUGGCCUAUAAUGAAAAACUCUACUUGUGAGUGGCGAUUGAGUGCAUCAAAGAAGAAUUCUAAUUUGAAUAGAUUUGGAGGAACUAAUGGAUUCCAAUGGUUUAAUGAUGUUUGGUGCUACGAUCCGAUCACUAAUGCGUGGGCUGCCCUCGACUGUAUUGGAUAUAUUCCCGCUCCCAGAGAAGGACAUGCUGCAGCAAUUGUGGAUGAUGUAAUGUAUAUCUUUGGUGGACGAACGGAAGAAGGAACAGAUUUAGGCGACCUCGCGGCAUUUCGAAUAUCUACCAGGCGGUGGUACACCUUUCAGAAUAUGGGACCAUCACCAUCACCACGUUCCGGGCAUAGUAUGACAGCAUAUGGAAAGACGGUCGUUGUUCUUGCCGGAGAACCAAGUACGGCAACCAGGGAGGCAACCGACCUUGCAACUGUGUACCUGCUCGAUACUAGCAAGAUUCGCUAUCCUAACGACCAACAAAUACAGCAGACUCCUUCCGGUGAGCGUGUCGCAGGUCAAAGAACCAGAGCCCCGAGCGGUGGGGAAAAAGCGAUUAUGGGAGCCAAUCGUGGGUUGACUUCCAGGGAAGGCGGUUCGGUUCCAGAACCAAAGAGAAUGAAUGGCCCCCCUCGAGAGAAUACGCAAGGUCCGCCAUACGGGCGUGGUAAUGGGCAGCCUGGAGUCAAUGGGAAUGAUAGUAAUGGAGUCGCGCCGGGUUCAGCACAACCACAAGGGCCCCAAGCUCAACAAGUUUCAGGCCACAUUUCCCCUCCUGGUGGUUCCAAACUCCCAAGAGCGGCACCAGGGCAACAAGCUCCUUCUGGUCCCCCUCCACAGCAACAACCUCCAGCGGCUCCUCGAGGGCCACUACCAAACGGACCGCCACAACCGGCCAAUGGGCAAGGGAACGCGCAAGUAAAUGGGCGAGGGAAGCCACCGGCAAGACAAGAAAGGGGAUUUGGACCGGCGGUUGAUACUGCCCUAUCUUCCGCACAACAGAACCGCACAAUGUCACCUGGCCCCAAGGAGAGGGAAAGUCCAAUAACAAAUGGGCGCCGUACCCCAACGAGUCAACAAGCCUCCAAACCUGUAUCCGAAAACGCACCACCGGUUAGCAUGCCACCUACUGGUGCAACAAGGUCAUCAUCAAAGUCCAGGACAAAUCGCCAGCAAGGAUCGGUAGACAGCAGUAACGAAUCCUCUUUAAGAAAUGUCACCAACAACCGCACCAGUUCACCACCUCCUCCUACCAGACAGCCGAGUAAUCCGCUCAGCCGUCGAGGUUCUGCCCGAAAUUCUCAAACGGUUACUCUCUUGAAGGAAUUGGAUGCAGCCAAGAAUCGAAAUGCGUGGUACGCAUCCGAGCUUGAAUUGGCUCGAAAGGCUGGUUAUACGCCAAAUCCUUCUGGUAGUCCAGCGCUCGAUGCCAGAGCGGCUGAAUCUUUUGAUGACGACGAUAAGCCAUUGAUUGAAGCUUUGAUUGCCUUGAAGCAAGAGCUUACCAACGUUCAAGCAUCGAUAGAUAAGCAAGCGGUUGUUGCGGCAAAACAGAUUGCGGAGGUUGAGAAACAACGUGAUGCCGCCGUUCGGGAAGCUGUCUAUGCCAAAGCUAAGCUAGCGGCACAUGGAGGCAGUCAAAGUAGCACCCCUCAACCGGAUAGCGAUGCUCGAGAUUUAGGUGCGUUGUCAAACGAUCGUUCAACGGAUAUUAGCAGAAAGCUGGCCGCAGCAUUGGCAGAACAACGGGAUCUUAAGAACAACCUUGAGAUGCUAACUGCUGAACUCGAGUCGGAACGAAGAGGCAGAAAGUUAGCAGAGGACUCUCAAAAUACUGUCCAAACCCGAAUGGCUGAGCUGGAGGCGUACAGACAACAGAAUUCCUCGGAGGUGGAGCAGUUGAAAGCUGAGCUACACGAAUUCCAGACAAAAGCGCGCGAGGACGCAAUCUUUUACUCAGAGGCCGUUGCAGCGGCGCAGCUUUUGAAGAUCGACAAAGAGGAAUUUGAGAAAAAGUACAACGAGGCCCUUGGCUCUUCCAAGGACCACGGCGAAACUUUCGACUCUCUCCGAGAUGCUAUUUCCACUUCGGCUGAUAUGAGAAAUCUACUAGAACGAAAACUCGACGAAGAGAGAUCGGUGCGGGAGAUUGUUGAGUCUAAACUCGUGCAGCUUAAAGCAGAGCAUGAAUCCCAGAGUGCGGAAUUGGAAGCCGCUUCUAGAAGACUUCAAAAUGCAGAAGAGUUGGCUGAGCAACACGCAAAGGAAGCUCAAACCCAUCGACAAGCCGUUCUCUCAGGUCUGGACAGGGUCGCUACUCGUGAUCUUGCUUCUCCAAACUCUGGUAGUGAUGAGCGUUCAAAUGCCUUGCAAGCUCAAGUCGUGGCCGCCAAUGCCCUCGUCCGAAAGUACCAAGCAGCCGCUAAUACCGCCUCUGAGAAAUUGCGCAGUGCAGAAGAACGCAUCGCUGGUCUGGAAGCUUACCAGGAACAAGCGAGCAGAGAAGGCAUGUCCAUUCGCAAGCAACUCCAAUUGAAUAUGCGAGAAGUCCAAACUCUCCAAGCUGCCAACUCGGAGAUGAAGUACAAAUUGCAGAACCAGCAAUUGGAAUCAAAUGCUGUGAAUGUUCAGCACAACACUCUCAAAGAUAUCCUGGGUGAACGUGGUAUCAGUCCAGCAGGUGCCGCUCGCGUCCGAGGUCUUUCCAGUCCUCAGUCUGGUCAAAAUACUCCUGAUGCUUCUCGAGUCCGAGAGCUGGAACACCAACUUGCCGAGACUCGCGAGGCCAACCAGAAUAUUAAGGCAACGUAUAAAGUUCGUGAGCAAGAAGCCGAGGCCACUUAUCGGGAGAAGAUAGGUCAACUUGAACACGAUUAUCAGUCCGCGGUUCAUUACGUGAAGGGUACCGAGAAAAUGCUUAAACGCAUGAAAGACGAGUUGUCCAAAUACAAAUCUGACAAUAAGAGCAUGAAGGAGCAAUUGAGUGAAGCUGAGGAGCGUGCAGCAUCCAAGUCUGCGCCAGCUGAAUGGGAAACUGAGCGAGUCGCUUUGAGCAAGCAGAUUGAGACAUUACAGGCGGAAAUGAAAUCCACCAGCGAAAAACUCGAGCUGCAGCUGAAUGAUGUCAGACGGGAGCUUACUUUUGUACAGCAAGAACGAGACUCAUUCAAAGAGGGUCAUGAGGAAACUCAGCGACAAUUGGAGUCGGCUCAACAAGUGAGGUCUGAACUUUCCCAACUACACCAAGAAAAUACCUUGCUUGAGCGAAGAGCCCAGGAUGCCGAACAAAAGGUAUCAUUACUCUUAGAUCAGGUUGAAUCCUCUGUCGAUAAUUACCGUCGUCAAUCACGUCAAGUCGAUACAAGCACCGCAAAUGCGGCCGCCUCCCAUUCACGCACAAUCUCAGCCGCCGAAAGUGUUUCCGAAACUUCAUUGUAUGGCAACGAUAAUGGCCGCAACUCUUUGGCUCUCGAUAGUCUUGCCAGUGAGCUGGAGACUCUCCGUACGCAUUGGGAAACUACCAACAAGAACUAUCGUCUGAGCAACAACUUCGAAUUCGACGAGCGAUCUCCCACCAAGUUGAUCGAUGGCAAAGAGGAGGGUCUCAGCGGUAGCCUUGCUGACUGGCGAAAGAGACUUGAUGCCGAAGAGGCUGCUUCUCGGGGUCGAAAGAACAGCAAUAGCACCAAUGACCCAGCGGCUUCUGGAUCCGGAAGAGAAACGAGCCCGAGUGGAAAGGAGGUUAAAGCUGGUACUCAACCUUCGGGUGUGGAUGCUGUUUGAUCUUUCUUCUCUUCAGUCAACUGCUUCGCCAAAGUGGACGUGUCAACAACAAAAAAAAUGCGAAUCACGAUAUGGAGUCAAGGCUUGUGGGAUUAUUAGAUAUGUUUCUGUUUUCUUUGAUUUUCUUCGGCAAGUAAUGCAUAAUACAUACUGCCGCAAUGGAAGGGGGGAUUGUAGAAAGCAUAACAACAUAGGGAUGGUGUACAACACCUCGCACGGAUUUCUUUUUUCUUUUUUUGGGCUUCCCCCCAUGUAUUGUGUUUGUAAUUGAUGGAAUUGAUGGAUUGAACGGAUGGAAGGAUUGAAGAAGAACCAAAAUACGCACCAGCUGCCGCGAGCGAGCUGUGUGUGUGUUGGAAGAAGGGAAUGCUUUUUUGUAUUGAUCGACGCGACUGGGUGGAUAUAGCUGGUUUGGGUUGGGAAGAAGAUUUGGGUGGAUCUUCUUGACCGAUGGGAUUGAUUGAUGGACUGUCGC